AUGAUAUCGGUAAGAUUCUAUGGAACUGCAGCAUAUCUCAUCGACAAAAGUCUUAUACCAAUAGUUUUGUUAUGGUUAGACCCAGUUGUUGGAUAUAACUUCAUAACAUAUGGUUCAUUCGAUACGGAACGUUGCAGUGAAGGCUUACUUUACAUCGUUCAGAAACCGAAGGACUUCAAUACAAAGAGAUAUAAGAUAGGAAGAACAUAUAAUAUAACUCAAAGAUAUGACAGUACAGUCAAUAGAGUUAAGGUUGUGUUUGUUAACGAUAUGAGAGCUGCUGAAACAGAACUACUUGAAAAGUUUGAGAAAAUGUAUGGUGCUCCCACGAAAGGUAAAGAAACGUUUGAAGUAGAUGAGAUAGGUAAAGCUAUAAAAUUAUUUGACGAAGUUGCUGAAAAAUACAUGUAA